AAUAAACAUUAGUGAAAAAGUACCUGCCUGCACAGAUCAAAGCCUUCAAUUUCGGGGGAUACAUUUUUGUAAUCUGAUAAGGAUUCUUUGGACUGAUUGAUCUCUGGUCAGGGAAAUAGAGACGGAUUUUAAAAAUAUUGUGUAACGUUUGGUCAAACGGUCAGUUUUUCAGGAAAAUCAUCUUUAUUGGACAUUUAUAAAUACAGCUUUGAUGAUGAUGUCGAGGGUGUCCACCACGUUACUGCGGCCAUCGGCUGUCCGGUCUUCCGUGGUUAGGAAUUUCGGGGGGGAAAGUGCCUAUGAGAAGGUCUUUUCUCGCAAAAGCGUGAUCCACCCUCUGAAUGCUAUCAAAGAAAAAGAGCUGUCAGUUGUGACGGGGAUCACUGGAAUAGCAGUCUCGGCUGCCAUAGCUUACCCUUUAUAUUAUCUAUUUACAAACAUUGAUAUAUCACUGAACAAAGCUAGACCAUACACGUGGCAUGACGCCAGGCCAGGACACAGAGACGUGUUGUUUACCAGAAGAAAAUAUGGGGAUCUACACAAAGAUAUCAAAAACAUGACCAGUCUCCUAGACAACCCUAACGACGAGAAAAUGUUAGGUCUGGAGGAAAAAAUAGCGAAAAUAAAGGAACUCAGGAAAUCAAAAGAGUAGGCGUGACGUGUGUUAUACUGAAUUAUUGUGAAAUGUAUUUUAGCGUGACUAAUGACGUUAUGCAUAUCACGUGAUAUACUAGUGCAUACGUGAAGUGUUGUUUGGUGUAUCAUCAUGUAAUGUGAUUUGCUUUUCGUGUCAUAUGACCUGCUGCCAGGUCACGUGAUAUACUAGUGCGUCACGUGAUGUAUAAACGUGCCACGUGUUGUAUCAUCGUUUCGUUUGUUUUAUCGUGCCACGUGACGUGCUACCGUGGCACGUGACAUACCGGUGUGUCAUGUGAUGUAUCAUAGUGCUAUGUGAUGUUUUAGUCUGUCAUGUGAUUUAUCUGUAAAAGAAAAUAAGAUUUUUUUGUCAGAUAGGUACGAGAUCAAUGAUAAUGCCUUUGUUGUGACAACCAUACUUUUGAAAUGGAGGUACAAAUGAUUAUACAAACGCCACAAUAUAGUAGUGCAUAUCGUACAAAGGCCAAUUUGGUUACAGCCUCAUGUAGCUGUUUCGUCUUUUUGGAACCUGUCAGAGAUGUUAAGGACCUCAACAUGUUAUCAAAAAAUGCCCACAAUUAAAUAAUAGUAUCAAAAUUUCAAAUUAUGUCUGGAGUUAUCUCCCUUACACAGUUUGUUUUCUCAGGUAUUAAGAAUUAUCGCUAGGUCUAUAUACAACCUUUACUUUUACUGCGUGUACUUGCUGUAGAGGUUUCCAGACGGAUCAAAUCAAGUAAAACACACAGAAAAUGGACAUUUUUGCUGAAAAAAAUGUUUCAAACUUUUUCAAAAACUUAAGUUUUUAACUGUUCUAAAAUGCAACCUAUGCAAUAUUUAGAUUCAAUUUAGCAAAUAAUCUGCAGACAUUGGAAUAUGUCAUAGCAAAUUUACCUGUUUAUAUGUGUUUGGAUAAGCAGUGAUUCAUUUCGUUGAUAUCAGUACUUUGAAGUAUUAUGACAAUAUUUUAUAUGUGUUAGAUAUUGCCAGAGGUAUUUGUCAAUUUCGACUUAACAGAAAGUAGGUUAACUACAGAAAUCAAUCGAAUUAAAUUCAAAUUUCAUAUUUCUGAAAAAAACAAACAACACUAUUCAUUGUCAAAACUUAACCAGCACUGCCAACUGCACCUGUAAUUGGACUGUAAUAGAUGACAACCGGAAAUUGUACUCUAUACUAGCCGGAAACUCUACUCAAUGGUACCGGAAACUGUAUUCAAUAACAAUCAGGUCCUGUACUCAAUACUAACCAAAAAUCAACCGGAAACAGUACUCAAAAUCAACCGGAAACAGUACUCAAAAUCAAUCUGAAAUGCCAACCGAAUACUAUACUCAGUACCAUCCGGAAACUAUACUCAACACCAACCGGAAACUGUACUCAACAUUAUCAGGAAACUCGUAAUAUUUUUCUAUACUCUGUAAUAUGCAGUAAUCAAGUACCAUCUGUAAAUUGUACUCGGUCUGAAGUUCGAUUACGAGAGAAAGUUCAAGCAUACAAGUGUAUCAAUACAGCACACCUGUUAGACUCAAGUGUUAAUCAAAAAUUGCAAUUGUAAAAAAAAAAAAAUUAUUAUUGACUUUUAAGCUCGUCGGUAAUGCGUUAUUUAAAUGUACAUGCUUAUGGUAUAGAAUUCCCGCCAUUUCCGUCGUAGUAUAUAUAUAGAUCAUCUUACCUUAAAGAACUUAGACCUGAUAGACACAGCUUCGACUGGUCAACGCCUUAUAACUCUAUUUUGAUUAUGUAUCAUCAAUUCGAUUGUUGUUAUCUUCAUGUUUUAGAGUUUGUAGUGAAAAAAUUCUAUGUAUUUUUAAAAUAUUUGUAAAAGAGUAUAAUUUUUGUUAAAAUCAUAAAUAGAAAUAAAAAU